CCGUUCUGCUGGUGUGUGUACAUCAAUUUAUGGUUUUUAUGGCGAUCGAUUAGGAAUAAAUAUAUAAAUAUAUAAAAUCGGACCAUAAAGCUGCAAUGCAACAAUGCUAAAGCAGUGGUAAUCCAAAAGCCAGUGAAAAAAUCCUAUUGGCUGUUUGUGGAGGGAACCAGGAUGAUGCUGACUUCCGGGGUGGCCUACAAAAAUACAUCAUCCCUGCAGGAGUGUCUAACACUUAAGACCCCUCUCUCUUAAUGCGGAGAUAAAAUCCAUCUCUACAGCGGGAGGGGUCUUAAAGGAUACCAGAAUGUGGCGAUUUGGAAGGGUGACAGGAACAGAAGCUAUAAGCAAGAGAUCCUACAGGACACUAAAAGAUUUGUCCUACAAACAUGAGUCAACAUUUCCGGAGAGAAAACUGGAGUUCACCUUUCCACCUAGUGACUUCUGUUGUGUCAGAAAAGCUGGAUCCUUAUUACAGCCCAGUGUCUUUAACAGGUGGAUGAGUCCUUGUAGAAUGGGGUGGAGUGAACGAAUAAAGUUUACGAGAUCAUCAUUCUCUGGUUACAGUUUGAGGUUAUAUUGUUCCAGCACAACAAACACAGAUCCCAUAGAGCUCCACAAACAUAAGUUAGCGAUGUGGUUCAGCCACUUGCCUCGGGAAGAGAAACAGUUUGGCGGUUACUUUUCUCCUCAAACCAUGCAUGUAGAGCCACUUAUUCUUGAGAAAUCCCCAGAAGAAGGAAAAGGCCUCUCGAUUAAUCCAUUCAAAGGAAAUGAAUCACUGAGAAAAUCUGUCACAGCUAAACAUCUGUUUGACCCAAGAAACAGCAUCACAGAGCAACAAGGACUCAACAUAUUGCUCUAUGGAGCUGUUGGGACUGGGAAAAGUACAGUUGUCCGCAAGCUGGUUUUGGACUGGUGUGCUGGUUCAGCCCUGUCCCAGUUCAAGCUGGUGGUGCCCUUCUCUUGUGAAGAUCUCUCUCAGUUGUCUAAAUCCACAUCGCUAAGAGACCUUGUGGGUAGAAAAUAUGUACACCUUCGUAAGACACCAUUUCUCAGUGGAGAUAAUAACCAGGCCAGUGAGGUCCUCUUCAUCUUCAACGGAAUGGAGAAGAUGAAGUUAGACUUUAGGAUUGCCACCACCGAAUUAUGCAGUGAUCCUAAUGAGGCUCUUCCAGCAGGAGCUGUUGUGGUGAACUUGCUGAGGAAAUACCUCCUACCUGAGGCCAGCAUUUUGGUCACAACCAGGCUGUCUGCUGUAGAUCGUAUCCCAAAGAAAUAUGUGAACCGCUAUGCUCAGAUCUGUGGUUUCAGUGAUCCUGAUCGCCAGAGAACCUACUUUACAAGUAGACUGUUGCAACAAAGUGGAGAAAAGCCAGGCAAAGAAGCAGAAUCUCUGAUCGAGAUGCUCUACUUCAACUUGCAGCGGGAGAGCCAGUUAGCAACAGCCUGCCUUUUGCCUUCCUACUGCUGGCUCAUGUGUGCCACACUUCACUUUCUGCACUUUACUGAUGCCAAGGCACCCAUUCGCACUCUUACUGGUAUCUACACAAGCUUCCUGAGGCUUAACUUUGGGGGAGAGGUGCUGACAGUGGGAGGAGACAUAUAUUCACCAGAGGAACAGAAUUCAUUAAUGCUUUAUGUGGUCCGCACUGUAGGGAAGCUGGCUUUCGAUGGAGUCAACAGUAAACAUACUUCUUUUUCAGAGACUGACCUUGAACAGUGGGUUGGUGGAAAGACCAAAACCGAUGAAGAACUUCAGCAACUGGCAGUGUUUCGUACAGAUGUGCUAGACUUCUUCCUCAUGCCUUGUGUGGAACAUAGUCGAAAUCUUACUGAGUCAGAUGAGAAACGAUAUGUUUUUGCUGUUCCAGCCAUGCAGGAGUAUCUGGCUGCCCUUUAUGUUGUACUUGGUGAGAACAAAACUGCCCUUGAGAAGGUGACUAAGCAAGUAUCAUCUGCCCUUGGACAAGCUGGUGAGGACAUCACUACCUUAAUGACCAUUCUUUCCAAGUUCAUACCUCUCAGGAUCUUUGCCCUGUUCAACUUACUGAAACUGUUUCCCAAAUUUUUUGAUCGGGUAACUAGCCUUAGUAGGGGGCGCAUUGCUAACACCAUGGCUGCAGAAAUGUUCCGCUCAGAAGACAGUUACAAUGAAGAUGUUCUUGAUCAGGUGGAGCAAAGCUUGCUGGGAGUGCAAGGCCCACAGCCGCAGCAAACAGAUGACACAAGGUCCUUUGAGUUGUACCCGAUUUUUAUGGGAGGACUCCUUCAUUAUGGCAACAGAAAGCUACUGGAGCAACUUGGAUGUGACAUUAAGAGCACCACGGUGGCCCAGAUCACCCGAACACUGAAGAAGCAGCUGAUCAAGGAGAGCCGAAAACAGCAGCCACCUGAAGAGUUGAUGGAUUUGCUGGUUUUGCUUUAUGAGCUCCAGAACCCUCGGCUCACAGCUGAAGUGCUGCAAUCCGUCAAGGUCAUCAACCUGUCCAACGUGCGCAUGACUCCACUGAAGUGCUUUGUGCUGAGUUCUGUGCUGAACUGCUUACCUCCUGGCUUUGUGCUGAAUGAGCUCAACCUGUCCUCCUGCCAUAUCACUCCAGACUUGCUACACAUGCUAUAUCCUGCCUUUAACAACACCAGAAGCCUCAACCUGCAGUUUAACAGUCUGGAUUCUGAAUCCUGCAUACUGCUGCGAGAUCUGCUACUCGAAUCCAACUGUAAAAUAAAAUCUUUACAGUUGUGCGAUAACUCCUUGUUGGACAGAGGAGCUAGCCACCUUUUGGAUGCUCUGUCUGGUAACCAGUCUUUACAGAAGCUGUCUCUGAUGCAUACUGGUCUUGGAGAUAGCACUGCUUCCGAGUUAGCUGCAAGGCUGGAAUCGCAUGGUGGGUUACAAGUGCUGAAUGUGGCCUACAACAACAUUGGAGAUGGUGCGGCACUUAAACUGGUUGACGCUUGCAGAGAGCAUGCCACUAUUCACACAUUACACCUGUAUUUGAACCAGCUAACCGACUUGGGGAAGCAGUCGCUGCAUGUCCGUGGUGUUCCACAGGAAGGUGGAAGACGGGUGAAGGUGCUGGCUUCAGUGACCGAGGGCUCAGACAUCUCGGAGGACUGGCAUCCCAUUCUGAGCAUCAUAGGAAAGAACUCCUUAUCUUGGGAAAGGGAACGUGUACGUGAACAGCUUCUGGUCUUCUUGAAGGAUCUGGAGUGGGGCCGUAAACAACACUCCAGCUUUUGGAAGAAGUUGCACUUCCGCAGAGUGGAGCGUGUGGUGAGGCAGACUCUAUACAUGCUGGAAAAAAGAAGCACUGCUAAUUGAUGGAACUGCUUCAUUAUGCCCUGGUGCUCUUCUGGGAAAGUUUAAAAUACCAGAUACAAAUAUGACGUGAAUUCUGUGUACAAAUACUACGUGCCAAAUAGUUUGCAUUGAUGGUUAUGGGGAAAUUCUUAAGUAGCUGCUUGAACACUCAGCUCAGGUGCACACAAAUAAUGGCCACCUGAUAUGUGGACACCAGACCAAUCACAUCUAUAUAUGCUUGUUGAACAUUUACUUUUAACCCAUUCCAGAUUUAGUCCUUCUUUGGUGUUAUAAUAAUGUUCACUCUUCUGGGAAGGCUUUCCAUUAGAUUUUGGAGUGUGGCUGUGGGGGAUUGUGCUCAUUCAGCCAGGAGAGAGAUCAGGGGCAAGGAGGUUUGGAGUGCAGUCGGUGUUGCAGUUCAUCUCAAAGGUGUUCAGUGGGGUUUAGGUCAGGGCUCUGCAGGACACUCGAUUUCUUCCAUUUCAACAUUGGCAUACCAUUUAUUCAUAGUCCUCGCAUUGUGCACAGGUGUGGGCACCUUGGUUCCAGUGAAAGAAAAUGUUUAUGCUACAGCACACAAAGACAUCCUAUACAAUUAUGUGCUUCCAAUUUUGUGGCAACAAUUUGAGGAAGGCCCAUAUAUGUGUGAUGUUCGGGUGUACACAUAAUUUUGGCCAUUAUAGUGUAUUAAAAUUGCCAUCACCUGUUCAUGUGUAAUAUGUGUGGAGAAAACUAUUAGCUUGUGUUGAUGCUGUAGUUUUGAGGUUUGGUUCAUGAACAAAAUAAAAAUGUUAUUGUUAUAGAGUGUUGGAAUGAAACAAAUUAUGUACUAAGCAGUGCUUCCUUAUAUGUCAGAGUACUAUACUGACAAAAAAAAAACAUGUUUUGUCAUGAAAUUUAAUUAAAUUUGGUGUUAAAGUUUAUUUAUUGUGCCUUAAAAUAUCAUUUCUAGCCAUUUGAAUACUAACAUGGAAAAUGCAACCCAAUCAUGUGCCUUUAACUACAUUUCAAAAAGAGCCUGACGUAUUUUUGUAUUUAUAAUGUCAAUGCCAUCCCCUUCAAACAACAAAAAUAAAUAAGCAAAAUGUCUAAGAAA